AUGGUAACACACACAUCGCAUACGAUUUUCUCUGGUUAUCACCUCCGGCCACUCCAUCGCUUUUCAUCCCCCCACCAUGCCACUCCACCACCUUCCUCCUCCAGCAGCGCCGACUCUUCUCAUCUGAUUUUCAAGACAUCGGCUUCUCAUCUGAUUUUAAAUCUUGUCGGUUCAUCGACUUCUCAUCUGCUUUUGAAGUUACUCAUCUGA